GACACGGCUCUUCCCACUGUGCAGACUCAGCCCGUUUCAGACGAAGAUGAGGCGAGGCCUCCGGCGAUUCCCCUCCCCUCCGCCCCCAUGCACAACAAAACCGCCGGCGGCGACUUUGCCCUGCGGUCGAUGAUCGAAGAGAACGCCUUCCAAGCGUUGAGCGACGGGCCCUGGGCGAAGCGGCCCCGCCUGUCGCUCUGCGAGGAAGCCGGCCUGGAAGACAACGAUUUCCUCUCGCUGACUUUCCCCAAGAAGCUCUGGAAGAUCGUGGAGAGCGAGCAGUUCAAGUCUCUCUGGUGGGACGACGAGGGCAGCUGCGUGGUGAUCGACGAGGAGCUGUUCAAGAAGGAGGUGCUGGAGCGCAAAGGGCCCAUGCGCAUCUUCGAGACGGACUGCAUGAAAAGCUUCAUCCGCCAGCUGAACCUCUACGGCUUUAGCAAGAUGAGGCAGAACUUCCAGCGGUCGGCCUCCCUGGUCGAGUUUUUAGCGGAGGAAAAGGCCGCUUACGCGUUCAGCAAGCUCCAGUUCUACCAUAACCCCAAUUUUAAGAGAGGAUGCCCCCACCUUCUCGCGAGGUGCAAGCGAAGAGUUGGAAAAAACAUGCCGCCCGUUGCUUUCUCGCUAGAGGAAGAUUUCGGCGAAAUCUGUCUGAAGAGCAGGUCCGGAAGCCCAGAAGGUCCACCUUCUCUGGGGUCUUCUUCCCGGGAAAACAGCUUCCUGACCACUUCUCCCAAAGAUAAGAUGCACAAACUUGGUCUUCGGAAGCCACCUGUGACCAAAGGCCUUGCUGGAACGGUAGGCCGUCUGAGAAGCGGGUUCGCGCCUUCUCCGACCCCUUUGAGGUCUUCAGAUCAGGGUCCACCCGAGGACACUGAGAACAAGAUCAACCAGCUGGCGCCUUUCCACUUGCCCCAGCACCCCAACCAUGCUCGAGUCAACACCCAUGAGAUCGAUUCCACCACCACCACGUCAGCUACCUCAUUGUAUCACGUCAUACCUCCCGUCCCCAACAGCCACUUUGCGCCAAUGAUUGGGCUGCCCGCCUUCCCAACCAUGUAUCCAGACUUAUCCGCCAUGCAAGCUCACUGGGCCAGCAUCCUUCCCUUCUGCAACCCGUGGUUCUCCAUGCCGAUGAUAGCGGCCGCUUCGGCUAUUUCUAUGUCCAGGUCUUCCCAUCACCACCGAACUCCUUCAUACCACCAUUGUCCUAACUGCAACUGUAUCAACCCUCCGUCCGCUUCCAAAGGAGCCGGACCCAAAACAGCAGACUAUGCCGGGUACCAUCGAUAAAAAGGACUGGGGAAAUUCUGGAGACGUUUUGCAUCUACUUAAAAUAAGGGAAU